AUGCCCGCCUGGCUGAUGCACUUGCUCUUGCUGGGCAGUCUCUGCUCUCGGGUUUUCGGAGCACCCCUCCACAGUACCCACAGUACCUCCGACGAAGAGACCGAAACCGAUCCCGAACUGGCCGCUGGCUACUUUGAGGGCGACCUGGAAGUGGAGUUUGGGCGGAAUGGCCUGCCAAAGGAAACGCAGCGGUGGCCUAAUGGAUCAGUACCGUACAAGAUCGAUGAGGCCUUUGAUGCCGCCCAAGCGGCCCACAUAGAGCUGGCCAUGAAGCUCAUAGAGCUCUCCAGCUGCAUUCGCUUUGUCCGCGCCGAUGAGCCGCAGAAGAACUACGUUUUCGUGACCACCAGGGAGAAGGGUUGCACCUCUCUGGUGGGCUAUGGCCCAGGCCGGCGACUCCUUCAGCUCACGCCCCACCAGCCGGACAAGGGCUGCCUUCGCCUCGGGGUCCUUCAGCACGAGCUGCUGCACACCCUGGGCUUCCACCACCAGCACAACUCCCCGGACCGCGACGACUACGUGAGGAUCGAGGAGGAGAACAUCGUCGCGGGGCACGAGAACGCCUUUCGGAAACGCGACGACAUGCUGCUGGACAACUACGACCAGCCCUACGACUACGGCAGCAUUCUGCACUACGGUCCGUUCGCGUUUUCCAAGAAUGGAGAGCCCACUAUUGUGGCUUUAGAGCCGGACAAGGCGUCCCUGAUGGGCCAACGCCUGCGGUUGAGUGACACGGACAUCAAUCGCCUGAACACCAUGUACAAGUGCCCCAAUCAGCAGUGAAUAUCUAAAGUACUAAAGAAGGUACCAGGCCCUUGCUGAAAACUACGCUUUUUGAUCGAUUCUCUGAUAAAUGACUAUUCUUUCGUACCCAAAAAUAUGUUUCCAAUGCCCUAAA